GCAUAUGCUGAAAGCUUUCACAACUUCGAGACCCACAAAAAACAAAAAAUUAUCAAAGGAAAUCAUUAGUAGAAAAGGGUAUAAUUAGAGAAACCCUAUAAUUAAUGGCUGAAGAACAACAAACCUCAGGUCACAGCAAUGGUGAAAACAUCAUUCCUCCUGAAGAAGUUGCUUCGUUCCUCCCCAAAACUGUUGCUGAAGGCGGAUGGGAGAAAUGCUGGGAGGAAGAGAUAACACCAUGGGACCUUGGAGGAGCCACACCUCUCAUUGUCCAUCUUGUUGACUCUUCUUCUCUCCCUCUUGGCCGUGCUCUUGUCCCCGGCUGCGGCGGAGGACACGACGUGGUUGCAAUGGCAACCCCCGAGCGUUUCGUUGUUGGAUUGGAUAUUUCCGAAAAUGCCCUCAAGAAAGCUACUGAGACUUACCGCUCUUCACCGAAGGCUAAGUACUUUACGUUCGUGAAGGAAGACUUCUUCACAUGGCGUCCUAACGAAUUAUUCGACUUAAUCUUCGAUUAUGUGGUCUUCUGUGCCAUCGAGCCGGAGACGAGACCUGCAUGGGCUAAAUCCAUGUAUGAACUCUUGAAACCUGAUGGCGAACUCAUAACACUUAUGUAUCCGAUUACCGAUCACGUUGGUGGACCUCCCUACAAAGUAGAUGUCUCUACCUACAAAGAUGUUUUGGUUCCGGUAGGAUUCAAGGCAGUGUCCAUCGAAGAGAAUCCGCAUGCCAUUGCCACUCGUAAGGGAAAAGAGAAGCUUGCGAGGUGGAAGAAGAUCAAUUAAUCCAAGAAAGAGAUCUUGCUCUGUACUAAAUGCGUCUUCCACUAAUCUAUUAAGAAUGAAAUGAAUAUCUUCGUUAAUCUAUGUUAUAUAAACAUUUUAUGUCCGAAUGUGAUGAUUAUUAAUAAGAUUAAUGUUCAUGAUCUA